AUGAGCGUGAAUACAGUACAAAUUCCAAAGACAUUACCGAUCGUCCCCAUUAAAAACAAAGUAUUAUUUCCUGGCACUGCCCUUCCUCUCCAAAUUGGCCGUAAAGAUACGGCUCAACUUAUGCAAAGAAUUUAUAAAUCUGUAGAUAACAAAGAUUCUAAAUACUUAGUUGGUUGCGUCCCAGUUAAGCCUCCGGCCCCUACUACGACAAAUUCGGAGCAAACCAACACUUUUUCAAAGAAAGUAAAUGAGGAAAUUCUUAAUCAAUCAACGCCUACUUCAGAAUUACAUGAAUAUGGUUGUGCUGCACGUAUCAUUCGAUUGGAAAGACCAGAAUUACAAGAUUUAGCUAUUUCCUUGAAGUCAACUGGCCGCGAACUCUUUAUUAUUUUACAAGAUUUAAAGCUUCCCGUACAAAUGCUAACACAACUUCAGAGAUUCAUUGAUGGUGCUUCUGCUGGAUCAUUGGCAGAUCUACUGCUUAAUGCCAUUAAAGAAGAAUUGGGUGAACGUGAUGACGCAUCCACUGAAGGGGAUGACAUUGCAGAUUUAACGAGGCGAUUACAAGAAGCCGGACUAACGCCAGAAGCUGAUAAGGCAGCUCAGCGGGAAUUAAAGCGACUCAAACGUAUGCAUCCGACACAAGCUGAAUAUCAAAUAGUUCGUACUUACCUUGAAUGGCUUUCUGAAAUUCCAUGGAGUAAAGGCACGUCCGAUACAAUAGACAUUGAUAAGGCACGUUCACAACUAGAAGAAGAUCAUUAUGGUCUUGAAGCUGUAAAAAAACGUAUAUUGGAGUUUCUUGCUGUAUUAAAACUGAAAAAUGAUAUGAAAGGACCGAUCUUAUGCUUAUUAGGUCCACCUGGUGUGGGUAAAACUUCACUAGGAAAAAGCAUUGCCAAUGCACUUGGCCGUAAAUUUCAUAGAAUAUCUCUGGGAGGUGUCAGGGAUGAGGCUGAAAUUCGUGGACAUCGGCGAACUUAUCUGGGUGCUAUGCCUGGGCUUAUAGCACAAGGACUUAGAAGAGUAGGAGUCAAUAAUCCUGUCUUUUUACUCGGGCAUUUGAGUUUGCAUGGUGAUCCGUCGGCUGCAUUACUGGAAGUACUUGAUCCAGAGCAGAAUAACACUUUCAAUGAUCAUUAUCUUAAUGUCCCACUUGAUCUAUCAAAAGUGCUCUUUAUUGCUACGGCUAACCAAAUCGACCCUAUAUCUCCACCAUUACUUGAUCGAAUGGAACUAAUCAGAAUUUCUGGCUACACAUUCGAAGAGAAAGUUCAUAUUGCUAACCGACAUUUAUUACCAAAACAAAUAAAAUACCAUGGUUUGGAACCUGGAUAUGUUAAUAUUUCGGAUGAGGUCUUGCUAAAAAUUGCUACUGGUUAUACUUGUGAAGCUGGUGUCAGAAACUUAGAGAGAGAGAUUGCUGGAGUAUGUAGAGCUAAAGCAGUUGAAUAUGCUUAUGCGAACGAUAAUGGAAAAAAAGAUACAUAUCGACCAGAAGUUACAAUAAAUGACAUAGUAACUAUUCUUGGGGUGGAAAAGUUUAACAAUGACAUAGCUGAACGCACAACGAAUCCUGGUGUUGUCACGGGUCUAGCAUGGACAGCAACCGGAUCUGGUGGUAUUUUAUUUAUCGAAGCAACUCAAAUGCCUGGAAAAGGCAAUCUUAAGUUGACAGGUAAAAGUAAAUUGGGCGAAGUUAUUAAGGAAUCCGCUCAAAUUUCUAUUUCAUGGGUACGGGCACAUUCAUUCCAGUUGGGCAUUACGACAGCAUCUACAGAAUCUACAUUCUUCUCUCAAAGAGACGUUCACAUACAUUUUCCUUCCGGUGCCGUGGCCAAAGAUGGCCCAUCAGCUGGUGUCGCCUUAAUAACGGCACUUGUUUCUUUAUUUACGCAUAGAUGUGUGCCUCCUACAACUGCUAUGACUGGUGAAAUUACAUUACGUGGUCAAGUGCUUCCCGUAGGUGGUAUUAAAGAAAAAAUUAUCGCAGCACAUCGUGCUGGCAUUAAUAAAGUUAUUCUGCCUUCACGAAAUCGUAAAGACGUUGAUGGUGAUGUACCAGUAAAUGUUAAGGAAAACAUUAAAAUUGUGUAUGUAGAUAAUGUUUACGAUGUUCUACAGGCAGCAUUUGAUGGAGAAAAAAUAUGGAUGGAACUUUCUUCAAUUGUGGGAGUCGAGAAUGAAGAUAAGGAAUCAGCUUAUUCUGUGAUUAGUGAAGGGUUAAGACAUUUGGAACUAAUAGCAUCUUAA